AUGGCUGCCCCCGCUGUUCAGUCCGCCCAAUCUGGUGCUAAGGCCUCCAAGAAGAAGGCCAAGCUUGCCGACAGGACGGCUUCCCCCGCUCCCCCCGUUUCGCCUGCCCCCGAGAAGGAGACAGCCGAGGAUCAGCAGGAGAGUUCUUACAUCCGCGAGCUUCAGAAGAACAUCCGCAAUGUCAACAAGAAGAUUGCCAACGCUUCCAAGACGGAUGCCCUGCUCAAGGAGCAUGCCGGAAAAUCUCUCGACGAACUUGUUGCCGACCGAGUCAUCAAUGCCGAUCAGAAAGCCCAGAUUUUGAAGAAGCCCGCCCUCCAGACCCAGCUCAGCCAACUCGAGGAGCAGCUCGCCCAGUACAAGAAGGUGGAUGCCGACUACCGGUCGCGCACCGAGGCUGAAAUUGAGCGUAUCCAGACUUCUCUGACGGAAAAGUUUGAGAAGGAAAAGGCCGAUGCUAUCCGGGAGAUCGAGGAGAAGGCCGAGGCUGAUCUCAAGCGAUCUCUGCAUGACAACUUCCUUAUUCUUUCCCAAUUCCUUCGUCUUGCCGCCGCUCGACGUGCUGAGGAGGCCGACCCCACGUUAGAUGAGAACCUCGCGCUCGAGGGUCUUCUCCUGGCUGUUUAUGGUGGUGACGAGAGCGCCGUCAGUGCCAUGCUCAAGCUGGCAGAGGGCACGGACGACCUGACUCAAAGCACUGCGGGUGAGCAGCUGCAAUCGACCUAUGCCCAUGUCAAGUCCAUCUCCCAGGCUUACCUCGCUCAAUACGAGGUCACCCAGGAGGAGCCGGAGGCCACGCCUGCUGUUGAGGCCGAGCCCGCGGACGCUGCCGCAGCCUCCGCAACCGAAACCGAGCAGGUCGAGGCUGCUCCCGCCGAGGCGGUGAAUGGUGACGCUGCUGCCGCCGCGGACACCAACGGAGCUGCCCCUGCUGCGGAAGAGGCCGCUGCUGCUCCUGAAAGUGCUGCCGAUCUCUCGACCUCUCAGGAGUGGGUUUCCGUUCCUCGACCUGCGGAACCCGAGUCGAGCACUGAGCCGAGCCCUGUUGCCCCCACCAACGGUCAGUCUUGGGCUGAUGACCAUCCCGAGACACCUGCCGAUGCUCCCGCCGCUGCUACCCCUGCCGAUCCCAACGACGGCUUCCACCAGGUUCAGCGACACCGUGGUCGUCACGACCGUGAGGGAGGAGGCUGGCGAGGCCGGGGCCGUGGAGACUGGCGUGGCCGUGGCCACCGAGGUGAUGGCCGCGGUCGCCGUGGAGGAUCCCGGGGAGGAAGUGGUGGCAUGGGUCAUCGAGGCCCUCGCCGAACUGAGGAGUCUUAG